AUGUCAAUGGCAAUCACUGCUUUCAAACAACAUCGUAUAAAUAUCGUCUUAAACCUUCCGCCAACAACCAAUGCAUUCUAUCAACAUUGUCUACGCGCAUCAAGACGAAUUGGCAUAUGGCAACAAACAUUUGACCAGUACAUGGUGAUACGGCUGAUGAACAGUAAUGGAUACACGAUCGUAAAUGACCGUAUGAAAAUACAGUGGACUCUAUUGCCAAUGGUGCCAACUGAGCCUGGAUUACUCACUUGUGGUAAAUCCAGAACGGAUUGUCAGCGAUGUAUAUGUGGAAGAAAUGAUUUUAAGUGUACAAUUUAUUGUCAAUGUGUAUCAGAACAAUGUCAAAAUCGAGACAGUAACUAUACGACGCAGCUAUUACAUUCUGUCAACUUAAUCGACGGAGAAAGCGAAGAUGAUGAUUUCAAUAGCACACGGGAUGAUUAUGAUGCAUCUAUUCAAGUCGACGAAGAAGAAGAAGAAGAAGAAGCAUUUCGCAACAAUAUCCAAUGCAAACUACCUUUGACGCCAACAGCCAGUUCACAACUGACAACUUCAACUGUUACAUCAAAACCAUGCCCGAAAUCAAGAAGAACAACAAGAAAAGCAGCUCCACUUGUUAAUGAUGAAAACGUACCGAUCGUCACGUCAACUCCGAAACGGCGAACAGUGAGUACUCAUCAUCGAUGUUAUUCACAAUUCGAUCCACUUCAAGAUAUUGACGACGCAUUUUAA